AGAUGGCUGUGCCUCUCACGUAUGCUGAUCUUGGCAAAUCUGCCAGGGAUGUCUUCACCAAGGGCUAUGGGUUUGGCUUAAUAAAACUUGAUUUGAAAACAAAAUCUGAGAAUGGACUGGAAUUUACAAGCUCAGGUUCAGCUGACACCGAGACCACCAAAGUGACGGGCAGUCUGGAAACCAAGUACAGAUGGACCGAAUAUGGUCUGACGUUUACAGAGAAAUGGAACACUGACAACACACUAGGCACGGAGAUUACUGUGGAAGAUCAGCUUGCACGUGGCCUGAAGCUGACCUUCGAUUCAUUCUUCUCUCCAAACACUGGGGAAAAAAAUGCUAAAAUCAAGACAGGGUACAAGCAGGAACAUAUCAACCUGGGCUGUGAUGUGGAUUUCGACAUUGCCGGGCCUUCCAUCCGGGGUGCUCUGGUGCUGGGUUAUGAGGGCUGGCUGUCUGGCUACCAGAUGAAUUUUGAGACCGCAAAGUCUCAAGUGACCCAGAGCAACUUUGCAGUUGGCUACAAGACCGAUGAGUUCCAGCUUCACACUAAUAUAAAUGAUGGGAUAGAGUUUGGCGACUCCAUUUAUCAGAAGGUGAACAAGAAGUUGGAGACUGCUGUUAAUCUAGUCUGGACAGCGGGAAACAGUAACACUCGCUUCAGAAUAGCAGCCAAGUACCAGAUCGACCCUGACGCCUGCUUCUUGGCUAAAGUGAAAAACUCCAGCCUCAUAGGGUUAGGAUAUACUCAGACCCUAAAGCCAGGUAUCAAACUGACACUGUCAGCUCUGCUGGAUGGCAAGAAUGUCAAUGCUGGUGGCCACAAGCUUGGUCUAGGACUGGAGUUUCAAGCAUAAAUGAAUACUGUACAAUUGUUUAAUUUUAAACUAUUUUGCAGCAUAACUACCUUCAGAAUUUAGUGUACCUUUUAAUGUUAU